AUGUCUGAUGCAGUAAUUCUUCGCAGUGUGAAGAAAUUUGGAGAGGACAAUUAUGGUUUUGAGUCAAGCACAUUCUAUAACAAUGACAAGAAUUCAGGGUUGCAAGAUGAGAGGAAAGGUGACAGCAGCCAAGUUGGCUUCUUUCAAUUGUUUCGAUUUUCUUCAACGACUGACAUUUGGCUGAUGUUUGUGGGAAGUUUAUGUGCGUUUCUCCAUGGACUAUCCCAUCCAGGCGUGCUGCUCAUUUUUGGCACAAUGACAGAUGUUUUUAUUGCAUAUGACACUGAAUUACAAGAACUCAAGAUCCCUGGAAAAGCGUGUGUAAACAACACUAUAGUCUGGAUCAACAGCUCCCUUAACCAGAAUGUGACAAAUGGAACACAGUGUGGGUUGCUGGACAUUGAGAGUGAAAUGAUCAAAUUUGCCAGUUACUAUGCUGGAAUCGCUUUGUUAGUACUUAUCACAGGAUAUAUUCAAAUAUGCUUUUGGGUGAUUGCUGCAGCUCGUCAGAUACAGAAAAUGAGAAAAAUUUCCUUUAGGAAAGUAAUGCGAAUGGAAAUAGGAUGGUUCGACUGCAAUUCAGUGGGAGAGUUGAAUACAAGAUUUUCUGACGAUAUUAACAGAGUCAAUGAUGCCAUUGCCGACCAAAUGCCCAUUUUCAUUCAGCGCAUGACCACGAGCAUCUGUGGCUUCCUAUUGGGAUUUUACCAGGGUUGGAAACUGACCUUGGUCAUUAUCUCUGUGAGCCCUCUCAUCGGGAUUGGAGCAGCCAUCAUUGGUCUGAGUGUAUCCAAGUUUACUGACUAUGAAUUGAAGGCCUAUGCCAAAGCAGGGUCAGUGGCAGAUGAAGUCAUUUCAUCUAUGCGAACAGUGGCUGCUUUUGGUGGUGAGAAAAAAGAGGUUGAAAGGUACGAGAAAAAUCUUGUGUUUGCCCAGCGUUGGGGAAUUAGAAAAGGGAUCGUGAUGGGAUUCUUUACUGGAUUCAUGUGGUGUCUCAUCUUCCUCUGUUAUGCAUUGGCCUUCUGGUAUGGCUCCAAACUUGUCUUAGAGGAUGGAGAAUAUACAGCAGGAACCCUUGUCCAGAUUUUCCUCAGUAUUCUAUUAGGAGCUUUAAAUCUUGGCAAUGCAUCUUCUUGUCUGGAAGCCUUUGCAACUGGGCGUGCAGCAGCCACCAGCAUUUUUCACACAAUAGACCGGAAACCCAUCAUUGACUGCAUGUCAGAGGAUGGCUACAAGCUGGAUCGAAUUAAGGGUGAAAUUGAAUUCCAUAAUGUGACUUUCCACUAUCCUUCCAGACCAGAGGUGAAGAUUUUAAAUAACCUCAGCAUGGUCAUUAAGUCAGGGGAGAUGACAGCUGUGGUAGGAUCCAGCGGAUCUGGGAAGAGCACAGCCCUGCAGCUUAUUCAGCGUUUCUAUGACCCCAGUGAAGGCAUGGUGACUUUGGACGGCCAUGACAUUCGCUCUCUUAAUAUUCAGUGGCUCAGAACUCAGAUUGGGAUAGUGGAGCAAGAGCCCGUUUUGUUCUCCACCACCAUUGCAGAGAACAUUCGCUACGGCAGAGAAGAUGCAACGAUGGAAGAUAUAGUUCGAGCUGCCAAGGCAGCCAACGCCUACAACUUCAUCAUGGACCUGCCAGAGCAAUUUGACACUCUUGUUGGAGAAGGAGGAGGCCAGAUGAGUGGUGGCCAGAAACAAAGAGUAGCCAUUGCCAGAGCCCUUGUCCGAAACCCCAAGAUCCUGCUUUUGGACAUGGCCACCUCAGCACUGGACAAUGAGAGUGAAGCCAUGGUACAAGAGGCACUGAGUAAGAUUCAGCAGGGACAUACGAUCAUUUCGGUUGCUCAUCGCCUGUCCACAGUCAGAGCUGCAGAUGUCAUUAUUGGUUUUGAACACGGCACAGCAGUGGAAAGAGGCAGCCAUGAGGAACUGUUGGAAAGGAAAGGAGUUUACUUCACUCUGGUGACUUUGCAGAGUCAAGGCGAGCCGACUGCUAAUGCAGAAGGCAUAAGGGGAGAAGAAGAAACUGAUGGGGUCUCACUUGACAAUGAACAGACCUUUUGCAGAGGGAGCUACCAGUCUAGUUUAAGAGCUUCACUCCGACAACGCUCCAAGUCUCAGCUUUCUUACCUGGCACAUGAACCUCCACUAGCUGUUGUAGAUCAUAAGUCUACUUAUGAAGAAGACAGAAAGGACAAGGACAUUCCUGUGGAAGAAGAAAUUGAACCUGCCCCCGUUAGGAGGAUUCUGAAAUUCAAUGCUCCAGAGUGGCCCUACAUGCUGUUUGGGGCCGUGGGUGCUGCUGUCAAUGGGUCGGUCACACCGCUUUAUGCCUUUUUAUUCAGCCAGAUUCUUGGGACUUUUUCGCUUCCUGAUAAAGAAGAACAAAGGUCACAGAUCAAUGGUGUGUGCCUGCUGUUUGUAGCAGUGGGCUGUGUAUCCCUUUGCACUCAGUUUCUGCAGGGAUAUGCUUUUGCUAAAUCUGGAGAACUCCUCACAAAAAGGCUGCGUAAAUAUGGUUUCAGAGCAAUGUUAGGGCAAGACAUUGGCUGGUUCGAUGACCUCAGAAAUAGCCCCGGGGCAUUAACAACAAGGCUUGCUACGGAUGCCUCCCAAGUUCAAGGGGCAGCCGGCUCUCAAAUUGGGAUGAUGGUCAAUUCCUUCACUAACGUCACUGUGGCCAUGAUCAUUGCCUUCUUCUUUAGCUGGAAGCUAAGCCUGGUCAUAAUGUGCUUCUUCCCCUUCUUGGCUUUAUCGGGAGCCUUACAGACCAGAAUGUUGACAGGAUUUGCCACCCAGGACAAGGAGGCUCUGGAGAUCGCUGGCCAGAUUACAAAUGAAGCUCUCAGUAAUAUCCGCACUGUUGCUGGAAUUGGAAAAGAGAGGCAAUUUAUUGAAGCAUUUGAGGCUGAGCUGGAGAAGCCAUUCAAGACAGCCUUUCGAAAAGCCAAUGUUUAUGGAUUCUGCUUUGGUUUUUCCCAGUGCAUAGUGUUUGUUGCCAAUUCUGCUUCCUACAGAUACGGAGGUUACUUAAUUCCCAAUGAGGGGCUCCAUUUCAGCUAUGUGUUCAGGGUGAUCUCUUCAGUUGUGCUGAGCGCGACAGCUCUUGGAAGAGCCUCCUCUUACACCCCCAGUUAUGCCAAAGCUAAAAUAUCAGCUGCACGCUUUUUUCAACUGCUGGAUCGACAACCCCCAAUCAAGGUGUACAGUAGUGCAGGUGAAAAGUGGGACAACUUCCAGGGCCAGGUUGACUUUGUCGACUGUAAAUUUACAUAUCCUUCUCGACCUGAUACGCAAGUUCUGAAUGGUCUCUCGGUAUCCGUUCGUCCAGGCCAAACGCUGGCCUUUGUGGGAAGCAGUGGAUGUGGCAAAAGCACGAGUAUUCAGCUGUUGGAACGUUUCUAUGAUCCUGACCAAGGGAAGGUGAUGAUAGAUGGGCAUGACAGCAGAAAAGUCAAUGUCCAGUUUCUCCGUUCGAACAUUGGGAUUGUUUCCCAGGAACCAGUGUUGUUUGCCUGUAGCAUAAUGGACAAUAUCAAGUAUGGAGACAACACCAGAGAAAUUCCCAUGGAAAAAGUCAUAGAAGCCGCAAAGCAAGCACAGCUGCAUGACUUUGUCAUGUCACUCCCAGAGAAAUAUGAAACUAAUGUUGGGUCCCAAGGGUCUCAACUAUCUCGAGGAGAGAAACAACGUAUUGCUAUUGCUCGGGCCAUUGUACGAAAUCCUAAAAUCUUGCUACUAGAUGAAGCUACUUCUGCCCUAGACACAGAAAGUGAAAAGACGGUGCAGGUUGCCCUGGACAAAGCCAGAGAAGGUCGGACCUGCAUUGUCAUCGCUCAUCGUUUGUCUACCAUCCAAAACUCAGAUAUCAUUGCUGUCAUGUCACAGGGGAUAGUGAUUGAAAAGGGGACCCAUGAAGAACUGAUGGCCCAGAAAGGAGCGUACUACAAACUAGUUACCACAGGAGCCCCCAUCAGUUGA